CGAUGCUGGAACAAUAUUAGUUCAAAAAUCAAUUAUGCUGUACAGUAUACUUUUCAUCACUUCCUUGGUUUUGUGCGAUGCCGCACUUUCACCAAGAAAGGUAAUUGUCGAUGUGGAUGGAGGUGUUGAUGAUUACCAAGCUUUGGUCAUUCUAAUGAACGCCGAUAAGCUAAAGAUAAUUAAAAUUGAGGCGAUUCUUUGCACGAAGGGAAACACAGAAUUGGUGCACGUUGAGAAUAAUAUUCUGAGACUGCUGGAGGCGGCGUCCAGGACCGAUAUUCCAGUAUACAGCGGUUCUUACAAACAAAUCAUGCCAAUAGAUGGUGGCACGCAGAGGUAUUACGGCAUUGAUGGCUUCGGUGAUUUGAAACACGAGAAGCAGCCGAAUCGCAAACUCCUGAAGAAAGUGAUCUCACCAACGUACGUGUUCGACUUGCUCAAGAAAUAUCCGAAGCAGAUUUCCUUGGUUCUCCUCGGACCGCAAACGAACAACGCAAUCGGAUUUAGGAUCUACAAAGAGUACGCCAAAUACCUGAAGGAAAUGUACAUAAUGGGAGGCAACAUCCGAAAUACCGAGCCAGAAUUCAAUAUUUUGGUCGACCCCGAAGCUGCAGAAAUUGUAUUCUCCACCACCGAAUGUCCCAUCUUCUUGCUUCCAUUCGAAACCUGUCAGGAAACAACAAUAACUAACGGCGAAUUGUUGAACAUGACUGAUAUUAUAUCGAAUCCGGUAUGGAAUCUGAUGAUGAAGGCCGAAGCCAAACUGAUGGCAGAGCGUCCGGAUGAUCCGAAAGACAAAUGGGUGUCCUGCGAUCCAGUCGCAGCUUUGGCUUACUUGAGCCCGAAGAAAACAAUAAAAGUUCUCACUAAGCGUAAAGUUUCGGUGAAGUUGGACGAACCCAACAGGGGAUCGCUCAUCGUCGACAAUCCGACUACCAACAAUUCCAUCAACAUCAUCGAGCAAAUCGAUUGGAACUACUUUAUGAAGAGUUUCAAAACUUCUUUUGCGGAUAUUUGCAAGUGUGGUAUUUUCAGGAGAUGCGUGGUACAAAAUGUCCUUUAAUGACUUCCAUCAACGCCCUCUAGAACCUAAGUACCUAACAAUAUUUCAAUUUAAUUGCAUAAUUGUUUAUUUAUAUCAAAAUGUUAUAUACUCUAAACUAAAUAACUGAUACUGCAAUCUAAACUUCUAAAUUUAAACUUGAAUU